AGUUAAUUUUCUCACACAUGAAAAGAAAAUAGCUAGCAGUGGGGAUUAAGCAGUUGCGUUUAUGAUCGUAUUUUGUGACCAACUGUUUAAAUGAAAUUAACUACAGACACGUAGUUUGAGGUGGUGUGUUUUGUCUUAUAUGACGCGCAGUAAACGAGGGCAAUGUCGCUGACAGCUGCUUAUUCCACGCAAACAACAAGGCUCCGAGCAGAAUUAAAGGUGUAACAGCAUCAGCCGGCAUAUAGGAUCCCUGCUACGAGACAGUCUGAGUGGAUAUUUGUGUGAGAGUGUGCGAGCACUACAGAAGCAGAGGUUUGUAACGUGAUGCCAAGAUGCUGCUGUCUCUGGGAAUGUUGAUGCUAUCUGCCACGCAGAUUUACACCAUCUUCACCGUUCAGCUUUUCGCCUUCCUCAACCUGCUGCCUGUGGAGGCCGAUAUCGCUGCUUAUUCAUUUGACAACAGAACUGAGAACUUUGACGACAUGCCUGCACGAUUUGGCUACCGCUUGCCAAGUGAUGGAUUGAAGGGCUUCCUGAUUGGCGCUCGACCCGAAAAUGCCUGCGUGCCGAUCGAACCGCCUCCCAGGGACAACCUGACAGGCGCUUUCUUUGUGCUCAUCAAACGAUUUGACUGCAACUUUGACAUGAAGGUCCUCAAUGCUCAAAAAGCUGGCUACAAGGCAGCUGUUGUUUAUAAUGUGGACUCGGAGGACCUGAUCAGCAUGGCUUCCAAUGACCUGGAUGUGGUGAAGCAGAUCGUUAUUCCCUCUGUGUUUGUGGGUGAGGAGACUGCCAAUACUCUGAAAGAUGACUACAUGUAUGACAAGGGGGGACACGUGGUCCUCGUCCCAGACUUCAGCCUGCCUCUGGAGUACUACCUAAUCCCCUUCCUCAUCAUCGUGGGAAUCUGCCUCAUCCUCAUUGUUGUCUUUAUGAUCACCAAGUUUGUCCAGGACCGCCGCAGAGCUCGGAGGAGCCGCCUGCGCAAAGAUCAGUUGAAGAAACUUCCCAUCCACAAGUACAAGAAAGGAGAUAACUACGAUGUGUGUGCCAUCUGUCUGGAUGAAUACGAAGGAGGAGAUAAACUCAGAGUCCUGCCUUGUUCUCACGCCUACCACAGCAAGUGUGUGGACCCCUGGCUGACCAAAACCAAGAAAACAUGUCCCGUGUGCAAGCAGAAGGUGGUCCCCUCUCAGGGCGAUUCCGAGUCUGACUCAGAAGAGGGGGACAGCGGCCCCGAUGAGAACGAGGUGUCGGAGAGCACGCCGCUGCUUCGCUCCCUGGCCUCCACCAGCGCUCACUCCUUCGGCACCAUGUCGGGAGCGUCGCACUCAGAGCGAGACCAGGAUUCCUCAGAGUACGAGGAUGAGCUGGACAGCAGUGACCGUGAGGAGGAGGUUACGGUGGAGACUGUGGUGGUCCAGAUGCAGCAGCCAUGCUCCGAGGACCAUGAACAAGACUUGCCCCGAGCUUGACAGAUGUGCUACAUCAGUCACCUAUGCCUGACCUUCCCCCACCUCACAGCUGUAGACUUCAGUUGGGGGGGGGGGUGCAAAACUGGUUCAUGGUCCCAGUUCUUGGUCUUUUUUUUUUUUUUGGUAAGAGUUUAAAGUUUCACGGUUCACAGAGCAAAGUGGCAGCAUCAGGAGGCUCCUCAGCAGAUCUGAUUCUGAACCAACCAAAGGAGCUUGAGUUCCACACACGUCCAGUAGAAGCACCGUCUGUAUAUAAGCAACAUGUUGUCUUCUGUCCUUAAGGUGAAUGAUGUAGAUACAGGCCCAUGCCUCAGCUCCAUUUGAAGCUUUAGGCAGUUAAAGCUGCAGCAAUGCAUUAGAAAGUGCUUCACUUGUUUUGUGCCACAGCUCGUUAGCUGCGAGCGCCAUUGGAAGUGAAACCCAAGGAAGUUGUGUGAAAACUUGCUGAAUGUGCAUUUUCACGAGGCAAUCACAUGAAAGAGUGGAUUAAAUUCGUGGUAAACUUCUGCUGACUUAACACUCAAUUACCGGUUGAUGUAACAGGCAUUUAAAUAUUCUCGUGUAAGUUUGCGAAUGCCGUUUUAUUUUUAAACUGCUUUUGUUAUCAAUCGUUGCCUUGUUUUUCCUGUUCUUAGAACAAACCACUUCAGUACAAGGAAACAAUUUCUUAAGGUUUUACUUUGUUUAUAAACACAUUUCAGCCAGUUUGUUACAUGUGAGUUAACGAAGGACCUUAGUCCAAAAAUGUCACGAAUCAUGCUUUUAUAGUUCAAAUUAAACCGCAAGAUCCUGUUUAUUUUGGUUAUUUAAUGUUGCUCAUUUUCUGCCUGCUGUUGUACAUGAUCAAAUAAAGGGAUGUCUGAUCCCACUCGGAUACGUGACUUCAUAUCAUGAUCUGCUUUAGUUUGUUUUCAGUCCAAUUUUUGGACCUAAAAACAAGAUGCUCUAAAGUAAUGGUCACAUCAUCCAACAUGUUUCAUUACUGAAUACAUUUCAUUUGAAUAAACAAGGAUUGCUUUCGGACACCAUAAAACUCCCCCAGCUAAACAGAACGAGAAGGCCUCAGAUUUUAAAAAAUCAUGCGAGUGAAUAAACCCCAUAUACUUCUAGAGGGAUUCAUCAGAAUUUUCUUAAAGGAAUUAUUCUAGAAAAAUUGUAUUAAUUAUUUCUAUUUUUAUUCUUAUAACCCUCAAAGCUUUACAGUUAAUUCAAAGUAUGUUAUUGUUCAUUUUGCUUUGGAGGUGUAAUAGGAGUCAAACUUAACUUGUUAGACAUGUAACCAGACAGGAAGUGACUAAACUAAAAUGUUUGAUUCGGGUUAUUUUUCUUCAAGGUCAAGUCCAUGACUGGAGGUUUCCCAGAACUAUAAAAAAAACACUUAAAGAAAAAUAAUGACAUUAAACAAGUAUCUGGUUGGAAUAAAUUUAUUUGAUCUGUUUGUAAACAAGGUGAUAAAUCAAUUUAUGGCAUUCUUGGUUUAUGCAUACGAUCGAUGCAUUAAAGACUAUCUCAGAAGUAAGAAAACAAAAUAAAGUGGUGAGGAAAGGAAAUGAACAAAUCAGCAAACAGGAUUUGAAACAGUGUUUUUAUGAGUACACAUAUCCCACAAGGCCUAAACAAUGGAGCUGUAGCUAAAAGAAAUGUGCUGAUGAAAUGUCGCCAGCAGUGGGUAAAUCCAUCGUACAGAUCUCUACAUUAUGGCACAGGAUACACAGGUUCUGCAAUUUGGUUUCAACAGGACAACCAUGAGCAUCUUCGUUCCAACCAAUCCCCUCCCAUCGAGUGCCAUUUCUACUUUUAGCAGUUAGUUGUUGGACGUUACACUUAGCAGUGCUGAGCGUGGACAGACCCAGUGAUACCCCAGCGCUCAGCUGACUAGAAAGAAGGCAAUUUAUUCCACAGUUAUGUAGUUAACACAGUACGGGUUUGUACAAAUGCAGACAAUCCCCCCCAAACAGUACAGACAAAUAUUAUCUUCAUACUCCGCCCUCUGUCAUGUAGCUUUUUUUAAUUCUAAACAGCCAUAAUGUGACGUUACUUCUUUUCAUCAGAGGAGGUUGGUGACCUCACACGAUUUUAAGCACUUGUAUGAACGCCCGAGCUGCAACUACACUUGGUCCGAUAAAAGAACAAAAUUCUAACUGAACAUACUCCAGAUGGUUAAAUGCUGGGAUAUCUACUCUCCAAAAAAUAAAAUGGCAGUCUUUCAAUUAAACAAAAAAAAAAAAAAACAUAA